AUGUCCGCCGCGGUGUUCACCCCGGGCGCGUUCCCGCACAUCACCCAAGCGAUCGUGUCUCGCAUCUCCGCUCAAGACCGAAACACGCUCCGCGCCGUCUGCAGGAACCUUCGCGAUGUCGUCGACAUCCACCUCGUCGCUCACAUCGACAUUGUGGCCCUGUACGCUGAGGAUUUCACAACUGACACGAGCGAGUUUGGUCGACGGCCAUUACGCGUCCGGAACGCGGGCUUCAUACCCUACGAGCUCAGGUCAUACGGGCACGGCGGCGAGCGCGUGGCGGCGUUCUGCCCAGCCACGAGCCCCACGGACCGCUCCAACGCGCUGCUCGAGCACGUCCGCGCCGUCGACCUCGACGGCGGGCCGCGGGCACGCGACGUGGCCGGCCUCAUCCCCUUCCUCACGGGCGUGACCACCGUCCGGCUGUGCUGGAGCACCGAGUUUUGCAGGCUCGGGUUCCCCCGCGGCUGCUGGCACGCGGGCUACGACGAAGUGGCCAAAUGCACCGUCCCGGCCGACACGGUCGUGUCGUUUAUGCGCAAGGGGAGUCUGCCGGCGUUCAGUUCCCGCGCAGCGCGCAAGGUCACCCGUCUGGUGUUUGUACACUACGAAUACAGGCGCGACAGCCUGCACCCGUACUCGAACCUCACGAGCGACUUGCCGCACGUACGCGAGAUUGUCCUCAUGUUCGGCCUGUCGGUGCGGACGUGGUCGCACCCCGGAUCGCCACUGCAUCCCAGCCUGGUCGCGGCGGCCGCGGCGCACGUCACUUGGUUUGGGUUCAUCCAGGCUGGGUCCCACCCGAAAGUCACCGUCGUAGACAUUGACAACAUGUGGACGUGGCAGGCGACGGGUAAAGGGCUGGCCGCCGGUGUGGACUGCACAGCCGUCAUACCGGCCGUCAAGGCUGCGGUGGCCGAGGAGAUACGCCGGACCAUGUCCAUGUCUGAGCAGGAGAGCAAAGAAGAAGUGGAGCGCAGGUUUGAGUUUCUCUCCGCCCCCCAGUACCGCGCUCGCGUCGGCGACGACGUGUACGCGCUGUACACGGCUUGUACCCCGGAAAGCGCCGUCUCACGCCUACACCAUAUACCCUCCGCCCUGCUGUUCCCGCGGGGGUACGAAGGCGAGUGGACGUAUGUAUAG